CUUUUUCCCUCAAAAUGGGAGAGCCAGAGACCCUUCCCCCUUUCAAUGAAGCAUACCACAACUUGACAGAACUCUUCCAAGCAUUCAACCACACAUUCAGCUCUUGUGAUUUGAGACUAGAUGAUAACAUCAAACGGGUAUGUCUCUUUGUUCUCUAUCUCAUCAUCUUUGUGGUGGGAUUGGUGGAGAACCUCUUAGUCAUAUGGGUCAACUGGCAGAUCCGAAACCACCGGAACUUGGUCAAUCUAUACAUUUUCAACAUGGCCAUUGCAGACUUGGGGGUGAUCCUCUCCUUACCAGUCUGGAUGUUGGAAGCCAUGCUUGAUUACACUUGGCUUUGGGGAGAUUUCCUCUGUCGCUUCACCCACUAUUUUUACUUUGCCAACAUGUACAGCAGUAUUUUCUUUCUCACCUGCCUCAGCAUUGAUCGGUAUGUCUCCCUGACAACUUCCUCCCACUUCUGGCAACAACGCCAACAUCUUGUGCGACGGAUCGCCUGCUGCUGCAUCUGGGCCUUUGCCGCCAUCCUCCCUUUGCCAGAGGUGGUACACAUGGAGUUAACUGAUUCCAUUGAUCCAAUGUGUUUCUUUAUGGCCCCACUGGAGACCUACAGUGAGUGGACCAUCGGUCUCAACCUCCUUCUUGCCUUAAUUGGGUUCCUUAUCCCAUUCUCCAUCAUGGCAGUCUUCAAUAUACUGACCGCCAGACACAUCAAGCGUUGUGACAAGCCAGAGAGCAGAAAAAACUGCCGCCUCAUCUAUGCUUACAUAAUUGUCUUCUUGAUCAGUUGGCUGCCAUUCCACCUAAUGUUGCUGCUCCUCACCCUUGAAGGAUCACAUAUCUUCCUCCACUGCUACAUGCUUGAGUUCCUGUAUUUCUUCUACGAUAUCAUAGACUGUUUCAGCCUUGCCCAUUGUGUGGUCAAUCCCAUUCUGUACAACUUCCUGAGCAAGAACUUCCAAGGAAAGCUUAUUUCUGCUGUAGUUAGAUACAUUCCCAAAGACCAGAUGGAUCAGAAGAACAGAGAUGGCUCUUCCUCCAAUACCCAACAUUCUAUAGUUAUCACACAAGACAAGAUUUAAACCAAUUUAAACAGCUUUUCUGAUUUUGGGUUCAUUGCCAUAAGAAUGUAUUUGCAUUUUUCUCUCUUAUCAGCAAAGGAUAGGCUUAAUUAGGAUACCUGUUGUUAUUGUUGCCAAUGCCAAUUUGAAAAGAAGGUCAAUAUAGGUAAAAAUGAGGUGGAGAGGAGGAUUACGGUAUAUGCUGCUGUGUCAAACUGACUGACCUUAAUCAAUCGAAAUCUAACAUUGUUAUUAGUCCUCAUCUAUUUCCUUCAUCUUGAAACUUGCAAUGCCGCUUUAACAUUUUACUAUGGAAAAGAGAUGUAUUUCUCUUAAUUUCUUCACUUUUUGCAUGAAAAUAACAUUCUGAAAACUCAAUGCUGGUCUGCUGGUUAAACAGAAUUGUUGGGCAGAGCAACAUAUAGCUGAAGCAGCUGUAAAUAUAGCUCCAACCUAUAUGAAAAUAAAGAACUGAAGUGAUUUGUGAAGAUAAAACAGGGUCCAG